CCAAUUUCGUGCCCUAGAAACCAUCCCCCCUUCUCUCUACCCCCGCAUCGCCUCUUCUCCUCGGCCGCAAGCGAUGCGCUCCCGCCGCCCGUCCUCCGUCGCCGCCCCGCCGUCUCCGCUCUCCCGUCGGAUUCCUCGCUCGCCGGCGCUCCCGUCGCCGUCGGUCUCGUAGCCUAGCCUAGCCGAGCCGAGCCGAGCCCUUCCCCUGCUGGUUGGAUCGCCCCCGGGAUCUAUGGUGCUAGGGUUUCCGCGAUUCGUGGUCGGGGGGCGGUGAUGGACGCGGUGGAGCUGCCUUAUCCAGUUGACGUUGCGGCGGCUGCGGUGUCUAAGCUUAUUAUGGGGUCGGAUGGGUUUGUCGGUAGAGCUGGCGUCGGUGCCGGAGGCGGCGUGGUCGUCGCGGCGAAGAAGGUCGAGCCUCGCGGGGGAGGCGCCGAUUUGGACCGCGCGGCUGGGAUCCUUCCGAUCAGGCCGUGCGGCGCGGCUGGUGACAGGAAAGAUGUGGCAACUCCUGUAAAUGCUUUGGACAUGCCUUCCCAGCAUAAAACUACAGAAGCUGAAAAUUAUAGGCAUAAUCAUCUACUGCCAGAUUUCCAUAGUAAAGAUGUAGCUCAAGAUCGUCCCAGGUCUGAUGUGAAUUUUGUUCAUAGCCCUGGUUCUGAAGAUGUUCGAUUGCCAUGGAAAGCAGGGAAAGUUCCAAGGAACAAUAAUACAAGCUCCAAGAGAGCACGGAGUACUCAAGUGGAAGAUGCUUCAGCAAUUACUUUAGCUGAUGAAGUGAAGGGAUUGACAGAUAAAUCUUUGACAAGAAGUGGCUCUUUAGAGAAAAAUCAUUCGGCGAAACAGAGGACUGUAGGCAGUAAACGGGGUGAUAGAAGAAACAGCAAAGCCCCUGUGAAAAAUAGAUAUGACGCUUUCAUGACGAGGCCUUGUUCUUCAAGUUUUACUGUCUCUCCAGGAGGAAGCAAUUUUCUAGGGUUCUAUGGUCUGAAGUCAGAUAAUCGUGAUAUUACAAAGCUUGUGGAUGACCUGUCAUUAAUUGACAUCCUUGAGGGUACAUUCAAAUGCCCUAGUUUAGGCAAAGAGAAAGGGAAGAAAUCAGCUAAUGCGGAUGAUAAAUUAACUCAAUCAGUUAGAAAGGCGUGCUCCGUGCUUCAGCCCCUGAGGCGAGGCCAAUCCCAAAAUCUUGCUGAGAUAGAGAUUUGCGAAGACAAGAAAAUAUCCUCUGUGUUAAGCUCCGCAUCCCUUGCAGAAAGUGGUGCUGAGGGUGAUUACAGGGACAUGUACUCGGUCGACCCCUCUUCAUCCAAUGAGGGCCCCUGUGGGAAGCCGGAGACCUCUGUGGAUCCUCUUGAUUUGCCACUAUAUACGCCAAAUGACCUAUGGGAGAGAUUGUCACUUCCUCCGCCUAAGGAUUUGGACUCCUUGCUCCUGGAUGCUGUAAAACCUGCUUUAUCUUCAAAGAGCAUGUCUGAUCUACGUUCAGGCAAGCAAAUAGUUCGCCGAGGUUGCUUGCCGCUUUUUCCAUGGUCACAUGCUUUUAAUGGACAUUCUCGGAAUAAUUCUGAUGCCGCUAAAUUGUCCAUUAGUAGGAAUACUUGCCAGGGUAGAUGGGUAAGGGUAGCAAGUCCUGUGAUUUUGGCUGCAAAUUCAGCUGAUUGUUAUACAGACUUGGAGUCUAUCACCUAUAACGAGGGCCUGGUUCCCUCUGUAAAAAGAAAAGCAGGUAUUUUGGCGAGUAAAAUUGCUUCUCAAGAAUGUUCUGGGAUUCCACCAUAUGACUGGGCAUCAUCUUCUUCUGCAACUUGCUCUUUUCCCUCCAACCCAACUCUGGCCUUUGUUUGGUCAAAUGGAGCAGCACAAUCUAGAGUUGAGACGGAGAAUGAGAUUCAUGAGAGCCUGUGCCCAAGUCUGUUAGCCGCUGCGCAAACCUUGUGUGGUAUUGCAAGCAAAGAAUCUGGGAGGUCUUCACUGAAGUGGUCAAUAAAGCCUCUGCAGAAGGCACCAAAACCUCGGAAGUUGAAGUCGAGCAAAAAUUGUGAGGAAGCUCUUGUGACGCCAAAGUCAGAGACCAAAGAUGUCACCAAUAAUUUGGACCAAAUACUGUCAUCGAAGAAGCCUAAGCUCUCCAACAUGGACAUCUGCUUUACUAAAUCAACAAUGAGUUGGUCUACCCCCAGAUCGAGCAGAUCAUCACCAAGCAGAUCAGUCAGGGACUUUGUUGCUGAAACUAGACAUUCCAUGACUAGCAUCUCAAAGCAAUCGAGCAUGUUGCCACCAGCGGCACGGGUUUUUGAUAAGGCUUAUGACAGCCAUCAGAAGCCCAAAACGUCCAUGCCGUUGCAUUGGAGCAGAGGCAGGGGGGACGGUCUACACUGACGCACCCUCUACUCCUAUAAGGUCCAAUUUGCACUGUAUUUACUGUUUUAAGAUGGGGAAAACGGACAGAUUUUGUACAUAAUGUAUUGUCGAAACUGUGAAACAGUCGGAAAUAGAAGAUGCCCCCUCUAGGAUGCGGAAGCGGGUACUGUUGUAACCUGUAACAAUUAUUAGGUUUCGCAAAACAAGUUUAGCAUACUGAGAGGAAUUGUUUGCCGCCCUAUGUAAAGCAUUUCGAGUGGCAGUUGAAUUCUUACUCUUCUACCCCAGAA